AUGAAUUUUCAUCUUGUCCGGAAACUUUCUGCCGGUAGUGUAGGUGCCAUUGUUACCGUAAAUGAUAAUUUAGAUCAAGACUUUGACUUUUUAUACCCUGGAAAACAUGAAAAGGCUUUGGAAAGAUGGCCAAAAUUGAGAAGUUUUUUGGUUUCAAAAUUAAGAAGACCCGAUGACGAUCCAGAAGAAUACACCGAUGAUGAAAAGUCGACAAUUGUGCUUAUGAAUCUAAUAAAAUUGUUUUCACCAGAUCAAACAAUAAAACAAAAAAAGGAGUCGAAAUCUUUCAAACCAUCUGGAAAAGAAAUGCAAAAUGCUUUUAUGUUACAUGUUAAAACAAUUGCAAAUAUUGAUGCCAACGUGUCUAAACGAAUAGAAAAAUUAUCGCAACACAAUUAUACUCUGCAGCCAUACGCAGUGAUUGUAGGACCAACAAUCUACGAUGUAUCUCAGUCAUUUGUAUACGUGUUCAAGGAUUAUAAAUAUUCUGUAUCGUCGCCGUUUGACGCUUUCAUAAGCGUAUUUAAAUGCAUCACGGCUCUUCAUGCUGUGUACCUUCCUGAAAUUAUGCAAGUUUGGCAAUUUAUUCAUCGAGCAUUGUGGGAUUUACCCUUCAAUCCGAAAAAAGAACAAAGUUACAACAAUGUUGAGACUCUUUUGAAACAAUUUCAGAGAUACAAAAUUCAACAACCGUAUUGUUUAAAUUAUACUAAUACAUAA